AUGUUGACCUUUUGCCCAUACUGUUCGAAUAUGCUCGUUGUCACCAGAUCAGAGACAACUGGUUCAAAUACGUUUUCUUGUCCAACAUGUCCGUAUGAAUUUCCUAUAGUUGGACUUCAGAUGUUUGAACGCAAGGAACUUCCCAGAAAAGUUGUGGAUGAUGUGCUUGGAGGUGAAGGUGCGUGGGAUAAUGUUGAUCAGACCAAUGCUCAGUGCCCAGUUGAGACAUGUGGAUCCAAUAAGGCAUACUACUUCCAGAUCCAGAUUAGGUCUGCCGAUGAGCCUAUGACUACUUUCUACAAAUGCUGCAAAUGCGGUCACAGAUGGAGAGAAAACUAG